GGGGAGUUUAACUUGAAGGUCAUCAGGCCUCUCAGGUGGUUAUCACGUUCUUGGAAUUUCAUCGUAAGACUUGCCGUCCAAAUAUCAAACUGCAACGGUUCUUAGACCUUAUCAUUUAAAUCAAAAUGCGCCAUGUACGAUGCUUGUCGCAGUGUCAGUUUUAUCCUGAUGCAACAGUUAAUGUCCCUGUAAACGUUUCCUUCACUAGAGCUUUCCUAGGAGAUGAUUUUAAGGGUUUAAGAAGACGCUGUGUGGCGGCGAAACCCAACCAAGAAUCUCCUAACAACUCUAGUCCCAAACAUUUCUCCAAAGUUGCAAAUAAUACAAUACUGAAAGAAGAAGUGGGAUGGAGUCUUACAGAAACACUUCCGGAACCUGUUAGCAAACAUAUUGUUUUCUCUGAUUCUACAGAUAGUAUUUGUGAACUAAAUCCUUCAGAUGCCAUUUGGGCAACUUCUAGCAAAACCAACCAUUUACCAAAGCCUCAUACUGGAGUGAAUAUGCUACCCAAUGGAACGUCAAGAAAGUAUUUAAGCUCUGUUUCUUAUACCCUGAGGAAUUUACUCAACACAAGUUCUUCAGAAAGUGAGUCUUCGUGCACCGAUUCUGUCCAUGAAUACAUAACUCAAAAUCCCGUUCCUAUGAAUAAUUCUUCGCGACAAAUAACAAAACAGUUGACUUCCACUGGGAAUUCCGAUGAUGAUAUUGAUAAGUGGGAUGAAAUGCUUGAUGAAAUGCGGUAUUUGGGUUUCCCGACCACCUUUGGUUGCCCUCGAAAACAUAGAAAUGCGGAUUCGAAGUAUGUAAGGCCUGUAGACCUUUCAUCAGAUUUCUAUGAGGAUGACGAGGAUGAUGAAGAUGACCAGUGGCUGUUAUUCUUUGCUAGUAGGCUCGAAAAUAAUCUCGCACUGCGGAACAAAACAACUAAGCUCUAUAGUCUUUCUGAUAUUGACAUUGAAAGUCUUGGGAAAUGCACUGGAUCAUUUCCCAGUCCAUCUGUAGAAUUGAAAAGUAUGGUUGAUCCAUGUGUUUGUGCGUCGUCAAUUUUCUCAAGAAUGUGUUAUCUGUUCGAGAUGGUUUGUAUAUUUACCGACUACGACCAUAUUACUAGUAAUAAUAGCUGUCGUGCAUUUAGUGAAUGGCAAUUAAAUCUACCUCGCUGUUGGGAUUCUCCAACAUUCAAUCUAAAAGCUGUGUUAUACAAAUGUCGUUCCUUUUGGCGUUACCAUCCACCGAUGCCUAAAAAACCAGCCAAUUGUAAGUCAAUGUUAAUUACGAAUAUUGAUUCGUCAAUGGAGAAAUAUUGGGCACAAAGAUAUCGUUUAUUCUCUCGUUUCGAUUAUGGUGUUGAGGUUGAUUCUGAUUCAUUGUUCAGUGCUACACCAGAGGUAAUAGCUGUUCAUCAGGCUAAACGCAUUUAUCGAGCUCUCUCAACUCCUUCGGCUAUAAAUGAUAGUUGCACUGUUUUGGAUAUAUUCUGCGGUACUGGGUCAAAUGCCAUACAACUGGCGCUACGUGGUUUUCGAGUCGUCGCAAUUGAAUGUGAUCCUAUUCGUAUUGCAAUGGCUGUACAUAAUGCCGAAAUCUACGGUGUUUGUCAUCUGAUUGAAUUUGUCUGCGAGGACUAUUUCACUUGGGCAUGGAAAGAAAUUCAUUCAAGGUGCACUGUUCAGUCUUCUAAAUCUUCUAAGAAGACUGUUCAGUCUUCUCAAUCUCCUAAGAAGACUGAAUAUAUGGCCGCAUUUAUGUCACCGCCAUGGGGUGGACCCAGUUACUUGGAUCUGGAAAGUUUCGAAUUAUCCAAUAUCGAGUUUCAAAAUUCCGACACAGAUUUUUGGUCUGCUUUAUAUUUAGCCUUAGUGUUGACCAAUGGAAAUGUAGCAGUAUAUCUACCUCGCAAUACAAACAUUGCAGACUUUGUAGAGAUUUCAAUAAAGUGUGUUAAAGAAAUCAGAAGUAAAUCAUUGAAUAUUGAAUUUGAACUGGAUUUGAUUAAUUCUAAGGCUAAGGCUUUAACAGUUUAUUUCGGUGCUUUGGCAAAUGCUAACCAACUGACUACUGCCGCGUACAAUGAAUCAGACUGUAGUGAAUAAUUUAUAGCCUAUGCACUCUAUAUGUGUAAAUAAUUUAUUUAUUUAUUUAUUUUUGUAAUCAGAUUGACAUCCUUUUUCUGAAAAUAUAUCUGUUGAUGAGGAUUUUA